UUCAAAUAAAACCCAACUAAUAACCAACCAUCGUUUCUCUCUCUCUCCAGAAAUGGGAUGCUGUUGCGAUCAAGACGACGACGUUGAGAUCUUGAGGCACCUCAAUCCCGCGAUCGCCGUUCACUCUCCGGCCACCUUACCUCCGGAGGCGGAUUCCUCCACCGCCGUAUUAUCUCCGAUGAACUCCCACUUCUUCGCCCUAUCGUGCCGCGACAUCCUACGCCUCAUCUUCGAGAAGCUUUCGAUUCCCGACUUGGCUCGUUCCAGCUGCGUCUGCCGUCUCUGGCAGUCGGUUGCUUCCGAUCAUGAGAUCGUCGCCGGAGCUUUCAAAGCUCCUUGGAAACUAAAAGACGUGAUAGGGAAGCCCAGCUCCGGUAGCUUCUGGAGAGACAAUUGUCUCGGAAAGUUUGCGAUCUCCCAUCGGAUUCUCCGCGGCGAUAGCUUGGCAAGUCUAGCCGUCAAGUAUUCGGUUCAGGUUAUGGACAUAAAACGUCUAAACAACAUGAUGAGCGACCAUGGCAUAUACUCGAGAGAAAGAUUGUUAAUCCCCAUUGGAAAUCCCAAUAUACUUAUUAACAGUAUAUGCUACAUCGAGAUGGAUGCGAUCGCGAAACGGGAAGUUGCAGUGUUGUAUUUGGAUGGCAUCCCGACAACCCAUCAUCUGUAUGGUAAGGUGACAUGUGAACAGGGUAUGUCCUCUGUUCAAGUGAAUAAGCAGGUACUUCAUUCUUUGAGUCGGAGCAUGAUGGUGGAUGAUGAAACCGCUCGAUAUUACUUGUCCAUUUCCCAUGGAGAUCCUCGAGCUGCUCUCACAGAAUUCGCCGAGGACAUUAGGUGGGAGAGGCAUAUGAGCAUUGCCUAAUUUCAGAAAGGCAGAUUGUUGCUAGGAGUAAAACAUGGUGUGUUCGAGUUUGAGGUUGGUAAGGCUUGAAAUACAGUUGCUGUCUAUUGGAAUCUGUUGAUCUUCUCCAUCUCCACAAAGAAUGAUCAGAUUAAGAAUUCAUAUCCAACACCAUUUCACUCCUUGGCUGAUUGGUAUGUACAUUCUUCCUGUCGUUUGAGUGACGCAUAUGGUUGUGUUGUUCGAUGUCAUAUAUAUGAUGUAUUUUCAUAUUGCUUAAGGAUGAUGAUGCUAGAAUCAUUGUAACUGUAAAUAGAAUGUGCUCGGAAAUUAUAAUCAUGUCUGUUUCGUCAUAAAUAGAAUGUGCUCGGAAAUUAUAAUCAUGUCUGUUUAGUCACAAAAAUUGUAGAUGAACUUUCUUCCGCUGGGAAUUUAUGUGCAUUGCCAUAUAA